AUGGCUGCACUGCUGCGGGGCCGUCGCUCCGUCCCGUCCUCCAAGCCCACGGACUUGGGUCCUAACGCGUUGGUCGCCGCCGGCCAGAGCGCCGAGGCCUCGACAAGCAGACUAGAGACCACCUUCAUGCGUCUGCCGACAGAGAUCCAUCUUCUCAUCAGCAAGGAGCUUACCUAUCCCGAUGCGCUGUCCCUGAAGCACACCAGCCGCUACUUCUACGACCUGGUCGACACCGGCGUCCGCCUCAAGGUAGCAUGGCUCAUGGAGCGGCGGAUGCUACACCUUGACUGCCCCAAUGACCGCAAGUGCAACCUGCGUACCGACCUGGAAUUCUGCAGGGGCAGUGUAACUCUCCUCAUGCAGAGACGUCGGGAGCACGUCGAAUGCGAGUCUCGGCCUGGGCUCGGGUGUCUGGUUCAUCAGACUCCCCAGUGCGCAUAUCGACGGGACUGGAGAACCGCCUGGAGGCGCUGGAUGAGGCGGCAGAUCACAGUCGAGAUCUGGUGGAUUGUGCUGGCGGUGAUUCCUCUGCUCUCGGGCUGGCUUUGGAUGGCUGAGCUCGUCAAGUGGGUAGUCGACUAA